CACGUUGAGUGCGCAUGACGCACUGAUGCGUCGACCUGCGUAUUCAAGCCACGCGCAUGACGCACCGGUGAGUCAGCUCCGCCGUUAAACAUAACCGGCAGUAGUAUUUCAGCACUUGUCGAGAGGAAACUAUUACGAACGGAGCACGUACAGAAAGGUUCAGUUUACGUUAAAUUGGCGUAGUUUCAAAAUUUGAUUAUCAGUUAUUUGAUUAUACAUAGUGAAUCAUGAGUGACCCAAAGCUGUGUGAAGCAAGUACUUCAGGUACAAAAAGACGUAAAAUUCAAGUCAGAAAUGAGAAUAACCUUACAGAUGAAGAACUCUUACGUAUUCUUGAAGAUUCGGAUAUCGACUUGGAUGAUUCCGACAUCGAAGGCUCUUACAUCCCCAGUGAGAUUGAUUCAUCUUCAGAGGACGAUUACGAUAUACCUCCUAAUGAUGAUACUGUUGUUCCGCCUGAUGACUCUAAUGUAACAACUGCGUCUGACGAUUUGAAUGAAGUUUGGAGCGAUACUUGUGCCGGAAUGAAGGACAUUAAUUUUACAAAAACACCCGGUUUCCUGAUUGAUUUUGAUCUAAACGCAAGUCCUUAUGAUUAUUUUAGAUUGUUAUUAGAUGAUGAUUUACUGGAACUUAUUGUCGAUGAAACAAAUAAAUAUGCGGAAACAAUUCACGAAAAUCUGGUUGGAAAAACGUUACCAAAGAUGAGCUAUUGCAAUUCAUAG